AUGAGAGGAGAAAAUUGUGUUGCCAAAACCUUAAUUUGUUGCCUUGUAUUGCAAGUCAUCAUAUUUCAAGGGAACUCGAUUGAAGUCGGAAACGUGGCUUUCUCGCUAUUGGUGAAAAACGAAAUGUAUGGCUUGAAACGUCCAUCGGUUGUCUACCGGUGCAAGUCGUCUGAGAAAUCACUCCGGUGGCACAAAUCUAUUCCCAAAUCGGAAUUUUCAUGGGAUUUCGAAGUCCCGCCGUUUGGAACCGGCGUGGUGAUCCACCAGUGCCAGUUCAUGUCGAGCCAAGGGACAGCUGAUGCUGAGAUCAAGACAUUGUCGAUGACGUCUACAUUGUGCGGAGGGCAUUUGUGUAAAUACGUCAUUAGGCCAAAUGGUAUAUACUUUGUUGGUUUUGAGACCUAUUACCCACACAACAUUUUGUUAAGAUUUAUUGAGUUGGUGAGGCCUGUUGAAACGCUUGUCGAGCCGUGGAAGGCGUGGUCCCCGCGGCAGCUUAAGGCUCUACGUGGGGAACGCAACCGCACCAAGUCCGCAUCAGACGAUGACGAUAAGGACGACGACAACAAGGAAGACGAUUAG